GGGAGAGCAGCGAAAUGAGACGACUGUUCUGUUGAAUCCACAGACACUGGCUGCGUUACUCGGAUGUUCAAACGAGCUUUUCUCAACCUAAUCGGAGCUGAUUCUCCUUGGAAUUUGGCGCUGAGAUGCUAAAUGUUUAAGCUGCCGAUUUCAUCAGCCUCUGUAGCUCUAGAAGAAGAAAGGAGGAGUCAUCCUGAACCGCAAAGCUACAUGGCUGCUGUCGGGGCAACCUAUCUGCCCGACGAAAUUACCAUUCGCAUCCUUGCAAGAUUACCUGUGAAAACACUGAUGACAUGCAAGUCUGUCUGCAAAGUAUGGUAUAAUCUCAUAAAUCAACCUGCUUUGGUAGACAUGCACCUGCAUCAGUCCACAGUUGACAGCAAAAACAACAAGGAACAAGAGUCUUUCCUUGCAAUUAACACCGAUACAACAUUAAGAAAGCAUGUUGUGAACUUGCUUACUCAAGAAACACACAGCGAGUUCAUAUAUCUGAACAUACCAUAUGAAAAAUAUGCUUGUAUCACAUUAAUUGGAUGUUGUAAUGGAUUGCUAUGCGUGCGUGCUCGCAAAAGUUCAGAUCCUGCUGCAGACUUUUACUUCAUCAAUCCUGCAAUAAGAGAAUCCAAGGCAAUAUGUAGCACCAUGAAAGCUGCCGACUCAAAGGGCUGUUUUGGGGUUGGGUAUGAUUCAGUUAAUAAGGAUUAUAAAUUAGUAAGAGUUACUGGAUUCAUAAACAAUGAAGGGAAAAAUUGCUCCAAAGCAGAGGUCUGGACACUGUAUGGUAAUUCUUGGAGGGGUGCUGACAACACUGUGGAAGGAGAAGUACGGGAGAGUUCAUGUAAAGCAGUGGUGAACGGUGCAUUUCACUGGCAAGCAGUUAGAGUGAAUAGGCAGGAAAAUUCCAAAACUUUUUUAAUUGUUUCCUUUGACAUAAGUAAUGAAGUGUUUGGGGAAAUGAUGUCUCCGGAUUUCGGUUAUGCUCCAAGUACAAGAAGUUUAUCUGCAUGCAAGGGAUCUCUUGCGAUGUUUGUUUCAUACAUGGAUGCAAACUUAGAUUCAUGCUAUGACAUCUGGUUGAUGAAGGAAUACGGUGUUGCGGAGUCAUGGACUAAUCAGUUCACUAUCAAACCUUUCACUAUAAUGAAGCCAUUAGGAUUUGGAAAUAGCGGAGAGCUGUUAGUGGCACUAAAAGAUGGAGCCAUCGGCUUGUAUGACCCAUGUACCGGGAAGACCAAGCCUUUCUCAAUUCAAGCAGGACCUAUAGCUCCUUAUAUGCUUAAUUACGUGGAGAGCCUGGUUACAGUUAUGAGACAGAACGGAUUCAGGGGAAGGUUUGAACUCGGUGCUGCUUAGAAUUUUUAGCCUCAUUGUUUUACAUAGAUGGUUAUACCAGAUUACUGAGAAACCUGUUUAGGUCUAUACUUUUGUUUGAACUUCGAUUCAGUCUAUUGCAUUUAACAUUUAACUUUUUA